AGGGCGGGGGGGGGGGCCGGAGGCUCAGGCAUGGCGGGCUGCAGGUCCCAAGCCCUGCCCCACAAGGAGGCAGCUAAGGCCUGGCGAGAAAUGGAGCACAGCAGCUGCUGGCCCAGGUGCUAAGCCCUUCACUGCCCGGGGCUUGCGGGCCCGCCCUGCCGCUCCGAGUGCGGGCCCGCUGAGCCCACCUCCACCCGGAACUCGCGCUGGCCCGCAAGCGCCGCAUGCAGCCCCAGUUCCCUCCGGUGCCUCUUCCUCCACACCUCCCCACAAGCUGAGGGAACCGGCUCCGGCCUUGGCCAGCCCAGAAAGGGGCUCCCACAGUGCAGCGGUGGGCUGAAGGGCUCCUCAAGCGCAGCCAGAGUGGGCGCCAAGGCCGAGGAGGUGCAGAGUGCGAGGGACGGCUGUGAGGGUUGCCAGCUCGCUGUCACCUCUCAGUUCCACAAUAGAGCCAUGAUUGGACUCAAAAAGACCCCUCUUUUCUGGGAUCCAUACAUUUUCUGGGCUCCAUUAGGUCCUGCUUAGGUAGUGCUCAGGCGUCCAGGGAGGGUGGAGAGCCUGUAUUGGGGUGGAACCUUUUGACUCGACAAGCUAAGGGCUACGUUGAAGUGGCUUAUCUGCACCUCUAGUUCCAGAGGCAGUAGUUAUCUCGGGCCCCAACAUCGCGAGGUCUAGGGAAAAAUGCUACCACUCCUCCCCCCAACUUCCGCUGCCACGCUGCCUCCAUGCCUGCCUCCCCUCUCUGCCACGCCCCCACCACGCGCUUUGCACUCUGGGGCACACGCACUUCCCCGAGGAGUCAGUUAGAAGCUGCUCCUCAUUUGCAGACUUUCCGGGCGCCCACCAGGCUCCCGGGCUCUCACCAGAGACCACAGGGAGGAGCUUCAAGGUACCCCAAGUCCCUGCGGCCUCCAGCAGUGAAGAGUUCCACAAGGGAGUCUUCCUAUGUCACUGAAUAAUGAAUGAAGAUGACAGGGAAAAAGAGAAGAGAAGACAAAGUCAAUCCAAAAAGCUCUCAAAGGAAAUUAAACUGGAUUCCAUCAUUUCGUACCUAUGAUUACUUCAACCAAGUGACGCUACAGUUAUUAGAUGGCUUUAUGAUUACACUGAGCACAGAUGGAGUGAUCGUUUAUGUGGCUGAAAACAUCUCUUCUCUUCUUGGACAUUUACCAGCUGAGAUUGUGGGCAAAAAAUUAUUAAGCCUUCUGCCUGAUGAAGAGAAAGAUGAAGUCUACCAAAAGAUUAUUCUCAAAUUUCCUUUACUAAACUCAGAAACACAUAUUGAAUUUUGCUGUCAUUUAAAAAGAGGAAAUGUCGAACAUGGUGAUAGUUCUGCUUACGAAAACGUGAAAUUUAUUGUGAAUGUAAGAGAUAUUUGUAAUGAAUUUCCUGUGGUCUUUAGUGACUUGUUUUCCAACCACCUCUGUGCUGACUUUGCUGCAUGCAUUCCUCAGGAGGAUCGGUUUUAUCUUGUGGGAAAUGUUUGCAUUCUCAGGACUCAGCUCCUGCAGCAACUUUGCACUUCAAAGGCAGUCAGUGAUGAAGCUGUACUUACACAAGAUUCAGAUGAGGAACCUUUUGUGGGAGAGCUCAGUAGCUCUCAAGGUCAAAGAGGACACACUAGCAUGAAAGUCGUGUACGUUGAACCUGCUGCUGCUGCUGCUGCUGCUGCUGCUGCUGCUGCUGCUGCUAUCUCAGACGACCAAAUCGAUGUUGCAGAAGUUGAGCAGUAUGGACCACAAGAAAACGUUCAUAUGUUUGUAGAUUCUGAUUCAACUUAUUGCUCCAGUACAGUUUUCCUGGAUACUAUGCCUGAAUCUCCAGCCUUACCCUUGCAAGACUUUCGAGGUGAGCCUGAGGUGAAUCCAUUGUACAUGGCAGACCCAGUGGACCUGGAGUUCUCGGUGGAUCAGAUGGACUCAGUGGACCAGGAGGGCCCAAUGGACCAGCAGGACCCAGAGAACCCAGUUGCCCUGUUGGACCAGGCAGGCCUGAUGGAUCUAGUGGAUCCAGAGGACUCAGUGGACCUGGGGGCUGCUGGCGCAAGUGCUCAGCCAUUACAGCCAUCAUCACCAGUUGCAUAUGACAUCAUUAGCCAGGAACUGGAACUGAUGAAGAAGUUGAAGGAGCAGCUAGAAGAGAGGACUUGGUUGCUGCAUGAUGCCAUCCAAAACCAGCAGAAUGCAUUGGAAUUGAUGAUGGAUCAGCUUCAGAAGCAGCCAAACACAUUACGCCACAUUGUCAUUCCUGAUCUCCAAUCUUCGGAGGCAGUGCCCAAGAAACAACAGAAACAACACGCUGGGCAAGUGAAGCGGCCUCUCCCACAUCCAAAGGAGGUCAAGUGUUUCUGUGGUUUAUCUUUAUCCAACUCUCUCAAAAACACUGGGGAGCUUCAGGAGCCUUGUGUUGCCUUCAACCAGCAGCAACUGGUGCAGCAAGAAAAACACCUGAAGGAGCAGCAGCGGCAGCUGCGGGAGCAGCAGCGGCAACUGCGGGAGCAGCUGCAACAGCUGAGGGAGCAAAGGAAGGUGCAGAAGCAGAAGAAGAUGCAGGAGAAGAAGAAGCUGCAGGAGCAGAAAAUGCAGGAGAAGAAGAAGCUGCAGGAGCAGAGGCAGCAAAAGAAGAAGAAGCUGCAAGAGCGGAAGAAGUGGCAGGGGCAGAUGCUACAGAAAGAGCCAGAGGAGGAGCAGCAGAAGCAGCAGUUGCAAGAGCAGCCACUGAAGCGUAAUGUCAUCAUGGGGAAUGAGAGGGUGCAGAUAUGCCUGCAAAACCCAAGUGACGUAUCUGUGCCCCUCUGCAAUAACCCUGUUAGAUUUUUACAGACCCAACCCAUUGUUCCUAUCCAGGGAGUAGCUGAACAACAGCCCUCUGGCUUCUAUCAAGAUGAAAACUGUGGGCAACAGGAAGAUGAGAGUCAAAGUUUUUAUCCUGAGGCGUAUCAAGGGCCCCCCAUGAACCAGCUGCCAUUGAUAGAUACCUCAAACUCUGAGGCAAUUUCUUCUUCCAGCAUUCCUCAGUUUCCCAUAACUUCAGACUCAACCAUAAGCACCCUGGAGACCCCACAGGAUUACAUCCAGCUUUGGCAAGAGUUGUCUGAUUCACUCGGUCCUGUUGUCCAAGUGAAUACUUGGUCUUGCGAUGAGCAGGGCACCCUGCACGGCCAACCCACCUACCAUCAGGUGCAAGUUUCUGAGGUAGGAGUCGAGGGACCUCCUGAUCCACAGGCUUUCCAAGGCCCUGCUGCAUACCAGCCAGACCAGAUGAGAUCUGCGGAGCAGACCAGAUUGAUGCCUGCAGAGCAACGUGACUCAAAUAAGCCGUGCCAACAGUACUUUCGUGACCAGUGAUGAGGGGAAAUGGGGGGAGGGGGCAGGCCAAUGAGGUCUGCAUGGCCAGGGGACCUUCAAGGUGCGUAAAGUCCCUUGGGGUAGGGUUUAGUAGGUAGAGACUUGUUUCCUGACAGGUUAUGUUUGUAAUUGUUAAGCACAGCCUGUUUCUUGGAAGUUAUGCUGCCGAGGCAGCCUGUGAUCCGUAGUAUGCUAGGGUGUGACAGCAGCCAGCCACAGCUGGAUCUGAUGUCUUGUCUGCCCCGCCCAGCUUUGCAUAUCCAUGUUCUACCACAGGAAGGUGGCUGCCAAGAGUCUGCUCAAAGUUUUCAACAUAAAGAAAAAAGAAAAAAGAUGCCAAAGUGCUUUUCAAUCUAGUAAAUCUAGAGGGUGUUUUGUCUUAGCCACAAGAAUUCCGAGGUCUUGACCCUGAUGAUCAACCUGCCUCCCCUCCAUAGUCUUGUUGGAGAAGCCCAGAGAGAAUGGGACUCCAACUAAGGGAACCUGAAAUCAACUCAAUGGAGGCACUUCAGAGCUAAAAUAAUUAUGGCUUCCUUGCUUAAUAAACAUUUUUGUUCACUGCAACUUUGUGAAUUGAUGAGUGACGUUUGGAACCUGACUGUGCCAAGGUCCCUGGUGAAGGGUUGGUUCCCUACAGUUAGGCCCCUUUUGUAGACCCUGCUCCCCUCAGUCUCUUGUUCACACCUCAGCUCCAUGCCACAUUUGCAGAGGCCAGCGACUGCUGCCUUCCCACAUGGCCGUGUGCCCAGGCCCGCUGUGUAGCUUUUUUUCGUGUAGCUCAGGCAUGCUGGCUCCUUCAUUGACACCAAGGGCAGCCACAGGCCCACUGAACUCUGAAACAGUUGGCCUAGGGGCUACCUUCUCAAGGUGGAUGGUGUUUGUGCCUCACAUAUUACUUCAGAAGUAAGCCUGAACACUAAAGGACAGUGUACCCAUACCUUUUACAUGUGGGUUCUUUCUCUCCCAUCAGUAGACUUUUUAAUAGAUAGGAGUACCCCCCAGAGGGAAAAUGAUUUUGGUUACAAGUCAAGCACCAAGAAGGACAUCUUCACAGUUGUCUGCAUGGUGCAGAGAGAGGUUCGGAUAGCCAAACCAGAGGUCAUUGUGUGCCUUUCUUAAGGUAAUGAACCAUUGAUUGGAGAAAGCAAAGGAGACCCCAGUCUCUAGUGGCAAGUUAAAAUAAAGGAGGCACAUUAGGCCUCACAUCACAGGAGAAGCCAGAGAUUCUUUAGGAAGCGUGAUCUCUACCAUGGUUUUAUGGACUGAAUGUUUGUGCCCCACCCCAAAUUCAUAUAUUGAAGCUGUAACUACCCAGUGUCAGAGUGUUUGAAGAUGAUGCCUUUGACCGGGGUGAUUAAGGUUAGAUGAGGUCACUAGGGUGAGACUGUUAUGAUGGGAUUAGUGCCCUUAAAAGUAGAAACACCAGGAAGCUUGCUGUGCCCACCAAGCCCCUUCACGUGCACAUGGGCGCAUGCACGCACACACGUAUGCACACACGCACACACGUACGCAUGCACACACACACACAAGAGGUCAUGUGAGCACACAGCAAGAUUGUGGUUGCCUGCAAGCCAAGGGAAGAGGCUCCAGGACAGAACCUACCUUGCCAAAGAUUUGAUCUUGGGUUUCCAAAUCAAGCCACCACACAUGGCAGAGCUUCCAGAAACAGCCACCGUGACCUCCACAUCAGUUCAUUCCCAGGUGGGCAGUACAGCAGUCCUCACUGAGCAGCGCUCAGUCUGUAUGUACAUAAUAGAACAUUGCAUGCACAGACUUAAAGCUGAAUAUUCAUGUUUUCUAAACACAUCAAACAUUCAUAAAUGUUCCUAUUCCCAAGCACAUUUUCUAAUAAAGAAGGAAGAGUUAUU